UGGCUAUUUAUUUAUACUUGCUACUUUAUUUAUUUAACAGUCGAAGCUGUUUUUAGCCUGGAUCAACAUUCAUAUAGCCUUCAUAAAAUGUUACAUUAAAAUAAUAAUAAAAAAAUUAAAUGUAUUUUACAACUUCUGCAUUGUUGCCAUAUUUGUUUUACCUGCUUUAUAAUUCUGGACGGGACCCAACAGAGAGUAGACUUUGUUUCACACGUGCAUUAGGGACUCUUGCUGUCCAUAAUUGUGAACCAAGAACACCACUUCCUAGUUAAAGGGGAGGGCUGAGGAUUCAAGCUAGCUAGCUAUAUUAGCUCAAGUUUGCCAACUGUUUACACGCAGUGAACGUAAAUUGUUAACAUAGUAAACGGUGACGAUUUUUCCAGGUUACAAACAUAAGUAGAUACAACAGACAUCGUUUCCUUCCUCGGGUAGCCUGUUAUUUUAAGUAGUCAAAGCACGCAUUCCUGGCUAACAAUCUGGGAAGCAAACCUAAGCCAACGUUAAGCUGUCAUGGAGUCUUGCAUACAAUUCACAAACCAAAGCCAAGGGAGGGAUCGAAUUUUAAGAGCAACCCAGCAUGCGUGCGCUCUUGCGAACUAUUUGCUUCGAAAUGAACCUUCCAGGCAAAAACUGUUGAUGAAGCUGCAAAGUCUUGAAUCUAACAUGAGUUCAGGACGCAAAUUGUUCAGACUGGGUAACACAAUCAAUUCCAUUGACGCAGCCAAGCGAACCCUGGUGCUGUCUGACCCCAUCCUCCGAUGCUGCCUCACUGUAGCCAACCUCAGCCGUGCCCUCUAUUUCAUCUGUGACAACGUGCUCUGGGCGAGAAACAUCGGGCUCGUCAGAGACAUCAACAAGGAGCGCUGGAGCCUGAACGCCACCCGCUACUAUUUUGUGUCCCUGGUGAUGAACCUGACCCGCGACGUGUACAUGAUGGCCCAGCUGAUGGUGCAAAGGUCGCGAGAUAGGUGUUAUCAGCAGAAGCUCCAUCAACACCUUAAUGAGAAUCCAGAUGUGGCUUGCGUGGUGGUCCCACAGCUGGAUGCUUUGGUCUUUCUGCUUAUCGAGUGCCUCAAAAGCAACCCUGCCGUUGCCUUGGAUACUGUCAAGAAUCUGUGUGACCUCUUCAGUCCUUUGGACAGGCUGGGCGUAUAUCAAACCAAUGCAGGGGUGGUGGGGUUCUGCGGACUCCUGUCUUCCCUGCUGGGCAUACUGUCAGUCCUUAAACCCCAGCUGAAAAUCAAGCCAUAGCAACAGUUUCAGGAAAGGCAAGAAGUGAUACAAAUAUGGAAUAAAUUUAAACGCUUAAUAGUCUAACACUGGAAGGAUUCACAGAAAAAAAACUAGCCAUGUUUGGAAAAUCUUUGAGAUUUGUCACUCUUCUUAACCUUCUUAAGUAUCACACUUAUAUAAGGGGCCAAUGUGAUAGUUGAUGGAAUGGCACAGAUUCUUGAGAGAGUUGAGGUGAGAAAAAAAAAAACACCUCAAAGAAUGAAGAUGCACAGACUAAAAUAUUUUGAAAAUAUUGAAAAGGGAAUGAUCUGUUGACUAAAUCAGACAGGGUUUCAGUCUGCCAUAUUUAGAUGCUGUCAUGGCUUGUCCUCUUUGAAGACAGAGAAUCAUAUUGUGUGUAUACUACUAUACAGUAGUAUGUCCUUCAGGUACUAAGUCACUCACAGUAGAGUAGAUGCAUUGUGUUUGUGAUUCUUGCGGAUGACCAAAUUUGAUAUGCCCCACUGCUCACAAGACUCCAGUAUUCAUGUCACAUCCUUACAUUUUUUUGUCUUUUGUAGUUUCUUGGAAAUGCAGUAUUUUUGCAGUAUACAUUUUUACUGACAUAGUGUUGGAUUUGUUCACCCUGGCAAUCCAGCUGUUUCUUAGUCUACCUCACUAUUCAAGUAUUUCAACUUCAUGUUUACGGUUCACUGUUCAAAUUCUCUGUACUAUAUUAGACAGUCUGGAUUGUAUUUAUAGGAAUACAAAUUUUUGCAUUUGAAAUUCUGUUUGGUUUAAUUGUGGUUAUAACUCUUUGUAAAGAAUGAAAUGGAAUCAUGGUCAUUAUUUAAAAUAGGAAUUAGUUCCUUUGUGGAACUGAGAAUUCUUUAUUUUGCAAUUGAACACAAAGCCUUAAAAUGGGGUUUGACUGAUUGUUUAUAUUUAAAUAUUUAAAAUUUGUAUCUAUUAAAUAAAUACAUUUCUAAUUGAGUGAUGAA